CCAUGAAACCACUUCCACCUCCUUUUGUUUUCUUUUUUUUUUUCUCUUACUAUUAUUUUCCUCUUUGUGCUCACUGUAGUGCCCAGAAGCACUUCACCAGCGCAUGUCCACCGUCGUACGACCAGAUAUUUCUCCCAAAUCUGAAUCUUUUCACUUCUAUUUUUCCAAAUCCGGAGAUUCCAGAUCUUGGGUAUAGCUGCCGAUCUUGAAAUUUUGUUUUUCCCCCUGAACAUUACUUUCCCGGAAAACGGUUUCCAGGGAAAAAAGUGAAAGAAGGCUGCAAUUGGGGUUUGGAGAAAGUUGGAAGAUGCGGCGACGAGCGACGGAUUUUCGCAGGCCAGUGCGUAAGAAGGUUCCAGAUGCUCUGUGGUGGGCAUUGUGCUGUGCAGUGAUUCUUCUCUUUGUCUAUAUUCUGAGCAAAGGGAACAAAAUUGAGUCCAGACCCGCUUUGUCCAAGAGAACUUACAAGCAUGAUAAGAUUAUGGAAGGCCUUAAUAUUACUGAAGAGAUGUUAAACUCUAACUCGGUCACAAGACAACUCAAUGAUCAGAUAUCUCUGGCAAAAGCUUUUGUCGUAAUUGCAAAAGAAAGCAACAAUCUCCAAUUUGCUUGGGAAUUAAGUGCUCAGAUCCACAAUUCACAGAGGCUCCUCUCAAAUGCUGCAACUAGGCGUGUUCCUUUGACAACAAGGGAAACAGAAAAGGCUAUCCGUGAUAUGGCAUUAUUGUUAUACCAAGCCCAGCAGCUCCAUUAUGAUAGUGCAACCAUGAUCAUGAGAUUCAAAGCAAAAAUUCAAGCUCUUGAGGAACAGAUGAAUUUAGUUACUGAAAAGAGUUCGAAAUACGGACAAAUUGCUGCUGAAGAAGUUCCAAAAAGUCUGUACUGCCUUGGUGUUCGGUUGACAACGGAAUGGUUCAGAAACUUUAAUCUGCAAAAGAAAUCGAAGGACAAAAGACAAAUGGAGAUGAAGCUCAAGGAUAACAACCUUUACCACUUCUGUGUUUUCUCUGAUAACAUUCUUGCAACUUCAGUUGUGGUCAAUUCAACUGCAAUGAAUUCUAAAAAUCCCAACAUGAUUGUUUUUCACCUUGUCACUGAUGAAAUAAACUAUGCUGCGAUGAAGGCAUGGUUUGCCGUGAACGAUUUCCAUGGAGUGUCUGUGGAAGUGCAGAAGUUUGAAGACUUUACUUGGUUAAAUGCAUCGUAUGUUCCUGUGCUCAAGCAACUUCAAGACUCUGAAAUACAGAGCUACUACUUUUCUGGCAACAGUGAUGAGGGAAGAACACCUAUCAAGUUUCGUAACCCUAAAUAUCUAUCAAUGCUUAAUCACCUGAGAUUCUACAUACCUGAAGUCUUUCCCUCACUAAAGAAGGUGGUGUUCUUGGAUGAUGAUGUUGUGGUUCAGAAGGAUCUUUCUGAUCUUUUUUCCAUUGAUCUGAAUGGUAAUGUAAAUGGAGCUGUUGAAACAUGCAUGGAGACAUUUCACAGAUACCACAAAUAUUUGAACUACUCUCAUCCUCUUAUACAUGCACAUUUUGACCCUGAUGCUUGUGGAUGGGCAUUUGGGAUGAAUGUAUUUGAUUUGGUUCAAUGGAGGAAAAAGAACGUAACUGGCAUUUACCAUUACUGGCAGGAGAAGAACGUGGACCGGACAUUGUGGAAACUUGGUACCUUGCCGCCUGGACUGUUGACAUUUUAUGGAUUAACUCAGCCCUUAGAUCCAUCGUGGCACGUUUUGGGUUUUGGCUACACCAAUGUUGAUCCUCAGUUGAUAGAGAGGGGUGCUGUGCUACAUUUCAAUGGAAAUUCCAAGCCAUGGUUGAAGAUUGGGAUAGAGAAGUACAAGCCCCUGUGGGAAAAAUAUGUUGAAUACUCUCAUCCUUUAUUGCAGCAGUGUAACUUCCACUGAUUUUGAAUUGCGUUUAAAUUGAUACUUCAGACCUUGGUGGAAGAUUCAGAUUCAGAAUUACUUGCCUCAGUUGGAAGGGUAGAAAAUUAUAUCGAAUUAUAUCAGUGGCUGUUUGUGGAACUGGUAGGCUCUUAAUUCGUUGUCAGAAAUGUUUGUACAAUUUUGGAAGGUCAAACAUGUCUGGUGGCUUUAUCUUUGGUGUCUUCAUUGAAUCUGGAUCUUCUGUUGUAGCAUAUACACGUUCAUCUGUCACAUAUUAGGCUAAAUCAGUUCAGUUUCUAAUUGCAGUCAAGGAUGAGAUCAGCUGCAAACUUUUUAUGUUCACAACUGUUAUUUGCAAGACCAGAUGUUCUUUCCUGUGGCAUUCAUUUGCUUAAACUUUAUUCUGUUAUUCUCGAUGCCACUUUUUCAAAAGAAAUUACUAUGAUUCAGAGUUAUCAACUUCUCAUGUGUAACAAAACUAUCUACUUUAUUUAUUUCAGAAGCAGAUUUUGUUUCGUGAUCAUA